GUCGUUGAUCAACACUGCAAACAGUCUUAUUUUUUGUUCGGGCGUAAUUAGAAAGCAGCAAUAAAGUUAAUUUUCACGUCCUAACCACAACAAACCUUCACACAUUCGCACUGCGAAGCGAGCGCCAUUGUAUUUUCCCACCGGAAAAACCGCCGCGAGAAAAGCGAAACUCGACCGCAGACGCAGAAAAAAGUCUUAAAACUACGUCGCCAUUUUUGACACGGCUCCGAAAUCGAAAACACAAAAACACACACCCAAAAGACCUGAGAGAAAGAGCAAAAAAAAAACGAAAAAGACAUAUAUACGUUUGCAAAUUGCGGUUACGUCUAGGAAUAUUUUACGGCACGCAUGGAGAACACUUGUGAUUAGUGUUAUUAGCAAAGAAUCGGCAAGGAAGUUACUUGGUUGAAGGCGGCGACGUGUACAGUGCUUCAUUUGGGAUCUAUCCAUUAACCCUUACCCUAAUCACUACUAUCUCGGGGCGACGACAACUGUGAUCCUACCGCAAAAAUGGCCAAAACCUACGACUAUCUGUUCAAAAUGCUCCUGAUAGGCGAUUCUGGUGUGGGCAAGACCUGUAUCCUGUUCCGAUUUUCCGAGGACGCCUUUAACACGACGUUUAUAUCCACAAUAGGUAUCGAUUUUAAAAUUAGAACAAUUGAAUUAGAUAACAAGAAAAUUAAGCUGCAAAUAUGGGACACUGCCGGCCAGGAGCGCUUUCGCACAAUCACCACGGCCUAUUACAGAGGUGCCAUGGGCAUCAUGCUGGUGUAUGACAUAACCCAGGAGAAAUCGUUCGAGAACAUCAAAAACUGGAUCAGGAAUAUCGAGGAAAACGCAUCCGCCGAUGUCGAGAAAAUGCUACUGGGCAACAAGUGCGAGUUGACCGAUAAGAGACAGGUUUCAAAGGAGCGCGGUGAACAAUUGGCUAUCGAGUAUGGCAUCAAGUUCAUGGAGACCUCCGCCAAAGCCAGCAUCAACGUGGAAGAAGCCUUCCUCACCCUAGCCAGUGAUAUCAAAGCGAAAACGGAAAAGCGGAUGGAGGCGAACAACCCACCCAAGGGCGGCCAUCAGCUGAAACCGAUGGACAGUCGGACGAAGGACAGUUGGUUGUCCAGGUGCAGUCUGCUUUGACGUGGCAACGUGCAAUCGGCACUGAUGCGGCAUGGUGGCAACAACGACUACGUGGCAGUAGUGGUUUAUGGUGGUAACUACGAUGUAGUGGUAGUAGUUCUCUUAACUCCUGUUAGGUUCGAAUACAAUCGGUACCCCCAAAAAGCCAACCAAUCAACUGACAUCUCUGAAUCAACCUUAAACAUCAACAGCCGGCUCUCCCUAACCGAAUAAGCGCGAUAAUGGAAUAGAACACAAAUUGCAUUAUGAAACAGUUAUUAAAUAAAGUAUGUGACGACCGUGUACGAAAUAUACCUAGGCAUGAUAACGAUAUGAUAUAUAUACGUAUAUAACUCAAGUUAAAACGAGCGAUAACGUAAACGUAAACGUAAAGCGAAGAGCAGCCAAUCCAAUCCCGCCCGCGUCCUUCUCGAAGAGGUUUUUAGUAUUUACGGAACUUUGAUUUUCUCUAGCAGCCAUGGUUGUUAAUAUCGAUUUGUAAAUUAUUACUUGUAAAAGAAAUAUAUAUGUGCUAUAUAUGCAUAUGGUUAGUUCCACCUGUCCUUGUUUUGCUCAUUGUGUGUAAUUUCAAUCGAUUUACCAAUCCUUUUUGCCAUUAUGUUAGAAAUACGGAGGAUGUCCAGACGCACAAUUUCCCCCCCAAAUUCUGGCUUCCCCACUCCCCUAACUUUAUAACAUAAAUGUGGUAGUAUCGCACAGUUCAAGGGUGCUUAUUAUAUUAUUAUUAUUCUUCUUAAUCUUCACACACAUUUCAUUUGGUUAGUUAGUACUCUAUUUAUUUUCGUUCUUUGCCGCACUCCACACGAAUCUGUCAAUAAAACGUUACACCUAAUAAAUAAACCUUGAUAAAGAUCUGCAGAUGAGAUCAGCAUUGAAAAAAAAGGUAGUCCAUCAAAUACAAUCGAUCGGCAGCAAUAAACAAUUAUGAGAACACAUACACAGCGCAGUAAAAUAAAUAAUGUGAAAUUAAAUAAUAACUAAAUGCAUAUUUGAUAUUAAUUAAUUACUUGUAAUAUUAAUGAUUAAACGUAUACAAUUUUAUAAAAAUAAAUCAUGUGCAAAAACCAAA